CUCAAAUUAAAUUCUUCUUACUGUAUAUACAUACUGUCCCCCAAAUUAAACCAAACAAUAUAUACUAUUAUUAUUAUUAUUAUUAUUAUUAUUAUCAUUAUAUAUAUAUAUAUACCGAUGGAGAAGAUUAAGGGACAAGGUGAUGAAUCAAGAUUCAAGAGGAUAUGUGUGUUCUGUGGGAGCAGCCCUGGGAAGAACCCUAGCUAUCAGAUGGCAGCUAUACACCUCGGACACCACCUCGUAGAGAGGAAUAUAGACUUGGUUUAUGGAGGUGGUAGCAUUGGCUUGAUGGGCCUCGUCUCCCAAGCUGUCUACAACGGCGGCCGCCACGUCUUAGGAGUGAUUCCCACAACUUUAAUGCCCCCAGAGAUAACCGGCGAUCCGGUCGGAGAAGUGAGGGCGGUUGCCGGUAUGCACCAGCGUAAGGCUGAAAUGGCCCGACACGCAGAUGCUUUCAUUGCUCUGCCUGGUGGGUAUGGCACGUUGGAGGAGUUGCUGGAAGUUAUCACGUGGGCUCAACUAGGGAUCCAUCAUAAACCGGUGGGUUUGCUGAAUGUGGAUGGUUACUACAACUCACUCCUGUCCUUCAUAGACAAGGCUGUCGACGAAGGCUUCAUUACACCAUCUGCCCGCCACAUCAUCGUCUCUGCCCAAACUGCCCAGGAACUAGUCUCGAAGCUUGAGGAUUACGUCCCGAUACAGAAUGAGUCUGCAACGAAGCUGAGUUGGGAGAAGGAGCAGCAGCAGCAGCUUGGAUUUAUUACAAAGUCGGAAAUUGGUCGUUGAAAACCGCAGUUUCCGUACGAGUCAACAAUGUACGUACGUACAGAACAUGUAUCACAGACAGGAAAUAUGUACAAACAUCUAUAUCUAUAUGUACACAAUUAUAUAUAUAUAUAUAUUUGUAGCCAUUGGAUUCUUUUCAUCUGAUUUUAUUUAUACACCACAAAAAAAAUAAUAUAUUUGUAACGGAAUUCCGUCCCUAACGUUCAUGUAGCUAACGUAAUUCCGUUCGUAAUUCCGUCUCUAAUGUCAUUAGUAACGGAAAAAGUAGAUUUAGAGACAAAAAA